CGCCGGCGGUGACCGCGGCAUAGCGGUGACCCGGCGCGAGGAAGGCUGCGGCGGCGGCUGGGAGUAGCUGCCGCUCUGGGUUCGGGUUGGCAGUUAGAGGCGUGGGGCCGGCCGCCCGAAGUAUCCCGCGGGAGGAAUCAGGUGGAAAUUUAGAACUGUUUGGAGUCAAUACUGUGAUUCCAGCCAUGGGUUUGUCUGCAUCUACUCCUGCUGUUACAGUUCAGACCUCAACUGCUUCAAAUAAUCAGACAGCAUCCUCACCUUCAGGAUGCCCAAUGCAUGAAAGAAAAAUGAAAGGCUGUCCAGUGAAUGCAGAACCAUCUGACCGAGCCUAUGAGAGCAAAACAUACUGUGUGCCUGCCCACCAGGAACGUGCUUAUGAGUAUGUGGAGUGUCCCGUUAAGGGUGCUGCAGUUGACAAUAAGGAGAACCUAGAUCCUUCAAAUCUGAUGCCACCACCUAAUCAAACUCCUGCUCCAGAUCAGCCAUUUGCAUUGUCUACUGUCAGAGAGGAGUCAUCUAUUCCUAGAGCAGAUUCAGAGAAAAAAUGGGUUUAUCCUUCUGAGCAGAUGUUCUGGAAUGCAAUGUUAAGGAAAGGGUGGAGGUGGAAGGAUGAGGAUAUUAGCCAGAAAGAUAUGUAUAAUAUCAUUAGAAUUCACAAUCAGAAUAAUGAGCAGGCUUGGAAGGAGAUAUUGAAGUGGGAAGCCCUCCAUGCUGCGGAGUGUCCUUGUGGUCCAUCAUUGAUCCGGUUUGGAGGGAAAGCAAAAGAGUAUUCACCAAGGGCAAGAAUUCGUUCCUGGAUGGGGUAUGAGUUGCCUUUUGAUAGGCAUGAUUGGAUCAUCAACCGUUGUGGGACAGAAGUUAGAUACGUGAUCGAUUACUAUGAUGGCGGUGAAAUGAACAAGGACUACCAAUUCACCAUCCUGGAUGUCCGUCCCGCCUUGGAUUCAUUUUCGGCAGUAUGGGACAGAAUGAAGGUUGCCUGGUGGCGCUGGACCUCAUAACCACUGUUUUGCUUGAGAUGGAAAAAUAAAAACUAUUUUUUUUUCUGAGAGAUACAUUAAACUAUUUUCCCCAAACUGAAUUGCACUUAUGAUGUAAUGGGAACCUCAAGUGGGUAAUCACACUUUAUCCUGCACUUAGCAAAGGAUACCAUGCACCGUUCACUUUUGCGUUGCAAUUGAACCUUGCAGUUUAGAGAAGAUCAUUUUAAGUUUUCUUCCCACUUAGCUUGAGUGGGAAUCAGUCUCAGUUUUUCCUUUAACUGCAGUAUUAUCUGUGUAUUUCAUCUAGAAAAGUCUGAACAACCUCUGAAAAAGAGCUUUUAAAAAGUUAUGAAAGCCACUGUUUUUCUCACUGUUUUCUCAGGAAUACUUGAGAUAUAAAACCUGAAAGCUAGUGGUGGUGCUCAGGAGCUUUCACCUCGUCAAAUAUUUUAACUGAAGCUGUUCAUUAUAAGUAAGAGGUAGUUAGGCUUUAAAAAAUGUCAUCAGUAUUCCUAAAGCCCCUACAGUAUGGUAGUGACCCUGAACACAAGGCAGAUAUAUACACUGGAAAGGCACUCAGCAAAAGGCUUGUCCUGGCUCUCCAAUUCCUCAUUUAUAUGAAUUUUUCAGACUGGGCUUUGUUAUAAGUAGUUUCAACUACACCAUGAUUUGAUGCAUGUGCUUUGUAACAUAACUUUUAAAAUAUUUUUUAAAAUUCCUCUUCUUCUAAUAUGUACAACAAAUAAGUCUCUUUGUCCCUGGUGUUUGACAAGUUCUCCCAACGUUGGAUCUCUUUCCUUCUGCUGCAGGGAGCCUUCUCUCCAGUAGGCCUAAUCCAAACCUUGAAAGCCUAGCUCAAGUCACGGUGCUAGCAUCGUCCCCCUGUAAAACAUGAUUAUAUUGGGCUGAGUGUUAAAAUUCACAAGAAGAGUAUUUUCUCAGAUGUAGAAUGUUUGCAUCAAUUCACUGUCUUUAGAUUUUUUUGUUUUAAGAAAGCUCUAAGUUUGCUGUUGAAAUUCUUUGUAGCAGUAAUCCAUAAACUGGUUGUUCUAAUUAUAGUAGCAUGUUACAAAUGAUUUGUUUUUUCAUAAUUUAAUAAAUCCUUUAAUUAUCCUGAA